ACCCAACCUAAUCCGAGAAGGCGCGCACGCGCGGUGCAGAUCAGCCAGCGUAAGCAUAAACCAUCACCGCCACUCGUUCAGUCGCUCCGUUCCACACCGGGCGCCAUGGACGCGGCCGUGUCCCUGCACCACCAUGGGGCGCUCCCCGCCACCGCCGCCUCACUCCCGCCCCACCACCACCACCGCGCGCUCCACCUCAGGCACCCGCGUCACUCCUCCGUCUCCACGCGCCUAGCCGUGACCGCGGCGCCGUCCAGGGCGCCCCGCUGCUCCUCGUCGGCCUCCGGCGCUCCGGCGCACCCGGCGCAUGCCAGCACCAGCACCACCAGCAGCCGCGCCGCCACGGGGUACGCGGCCGCGCUGGCCGACGCGUCGCUCCGCGCGGGCACGCUGCCCGGGGCCGCCCGCCACGCGCGCGCCCUGCUCCGGCGCCUGAAGGAGCCUCCCCGCGGGCAGCGCCUGGAGGAGCCCGACGCGCGGGUGGGCGCCCUGGUGCGGCUGCUCGUCGGCAAGGGCAAGGCCGGCAUGGUCGCCGACGUCAUGGCCGAGUUCGCCGCCCUCUGCGACCACCUGCUCGCCCCGCCGCCGUCCUCGACCUCCAGCAAGCGCGCCCACGCCCAGGCCCACUAGCGCUUGAUGCACGUACGUGCCAUGCUAGCUUUUCGGUUUGUACUUGAGGAUUACUGGCUGAUGCAUGCACGUACGUAGCGCCGGUAUCAACUGCAGAUGCCCAACUGCUUGCUACAGCACGAUUCUAUAUUUUUGUGAUUGUAUAAUUAACUGUGAGCACUAUCCAUGCGCGUACGCAUCACAAA